AUGAGGAGAAGAGGGAGAGGAAGCGAGGUGGCGGCCGGUGGUGACGCCAGCGAGGAACGUCGCAUGAGGGGGCUAGUGGCGGAGAAGAAAACACGCACUGUUCCGGCUGUCGGUUGCGGCGAAAAGAGGAGGAGAAGAGAGGUGGCAGCCGACGCCGACGAGGGGAAGGAGGAGGAAGCAAGGUGGGCGGCCGGCGCCGGCAAGUGUUGCUCCCUUCACCCACGGUGCUAUGCUUCCUUCUAUGGCUAUGAGCUCUGCUCCCUUAUAUCGGCUUCACGCCCUUUAUCUUUUACCCUCACUCCACCGGUGUGGCACUGUAGCAUGCGAAAGAGGGGGGUUUGGGUUCGUGGGACGCCGCCACCGCCAACAGAAGGAAAAGGUCUUCUUCCUCAUGCUCUCGCGACACCCUCGCCGGUGUCGACGCCGGCGCCGUCGGCCUCCACCACUCCUCCCUCUCCUUCUCUUUCUCUCCGCCGCCCACAGGACCAAGAGGAAGAUCAUCUUCUUCGUCCUCGCAUUCCUCGCCAACGUCGCCAGCACGAGGGAUCGACACCAGCAUCCACAGCUGCGCUCCGACCACGCUCCUACUUGCCUCCUCGUCGCAGCGGCCGACCAUCACCGCCGAUGAGGCAUGCCCCUGACUCUCCUUCUCGCCGAGCUCUGGACGCCUCCUUUUCUUCAAGUCGCCGCACCUCUUCUUCUUCCUCACGUGCUCUACCGGUGACGACUGACGUCAGCCACAGCACUGCCUCUUCUCUUCCUUCCUCCCCCUCGCUGCGCCAUCGUUUCCUCCUCACUGCGCCGUUGCCGGCAGAUCACUGCCCCUUUCCUCCUCGUGAUGCCGCCGCCCGGCCACUGCUCCUCUCUCCUUCCUCUCUUGCUGGCAGCAACUUCCAGCCACCUCCGCUGCCUAUAAUCCGAAGCCGGCAGCAACCACUUCCUCCCUCUCCCUCUCUUUCUCUUUGUUGCCUGACCGGCCACUGCUCCUCUCUCCUUCCUCUCUCGCUGGCAGCAACUUCCAGCCACCUCCGCUACCUAUAA